GUCGGAUCUCCACAUCACCGGAAGAUUCAAUAUCCCCGUCGGAGUAAAAUAGGGAUCUUUCCGGUGGGGAAGCCUCGAUAAUCGAGCCGGAUGAAACGGUCUGUUGCGAUAGGUUAUGGCCAGUGGAGAUUUGGGUCAGCUAUAGUAUGCGCUGGGGUGCAUAAAUACACAGUCCAUGACAGCGAUGGAGGUUCAUUGUGAGCGAGGGGCUUCGUACACUUCAUACAAGUAAGUAACAAUGUCGUUCAGACUGUUGCAAGCUCUACUGGGGCUAUGGGCAAUCUUUCCUAUAGCCUCCGCAUGGACGAACCCAAUUCGCAAUCCCGGUGGUAGUGACCCCUUCAUGGUGUAUACCGGAGGUUACUACUACCUCCUAACGACGACCUGGAAUGAUGUUCAAGUCAGUCGGGCAGCCAGUGUGGAAGGUCUCAAGACCGCUACGAAGAAGGUGGUCUACACCACAACUGAAGAAUCCCACUGCUGCAAUGUGUGGGCACCUGAGGUUCACUACCUGGGCAACAAGUGGUAUAUUUACUACACUGCUGGCACCAGUGCGAAUUUGGAUGGUCAGCGCAUGCAUGUGUUGGAAGGUGGUGCAACUCCCUGGGAUGAAUACACCUACGCAGGACAACUGACCAAUGAAUGGGCCAUUGACGGGUCUGUCCUCCGCUUCAACGACUACGGCAACUUCCUCAUGUACUCGUGCUUCCACGGCGUGCAGUAUCAAUCCAUCUGCCUGCAACAGCUGGGAUCGGACUAUACCUCGCUAACAGGUGAUAUCUACAUUAUCUCCGAGCCUACUGAGGAUUUUGAAAGGCACGGCACGCCCGUCAACGAGGGCCCAGCGGCACUGUACCUCAACGGAAAGACACAUAUUGCCUACUCGGCUUCUUACUGCUGGACAUCCUAUUAUUGCGUGGGGCUCCUUACAUGGGACGGCACCACCAACCCGACAAGCAAGAGCGCCUGGAGCAAGCACGACGGAUGCCUUUUGUCCUCGGGCAACGGAAACUAUGGAACGGGCCAUAACUCCUUCUUCCAAAGUCCUGAUGCUUCGCAAACGUGGAUCGCCUAUCAUGCGACCACCAAUAGCGGAGGUGCUUGUGAUGAUAGCCGUUAUACAAUGGUGCAGGAGAUCACCUCGGGCGCCAAUGGCUUCCCGGAUCUCGGAAAGGCAGUAGCUUGGACCGUUGAACUCGGUGAGCCAAGCUCUUGAUGUAUAUAACGGCGGCAAUGUGUACCCUCCGAUCAUACGGACAUUAGGGUCCUCCAAAACAUUCUGAGUACUGUCGAAACGUAGACAGGUGACAAAAUAUCAUGGAAUAGAGAUUUAUUCCAUGCACAUAACUCUCCUUGGUGCGUAGGUUAUCAUACCCUUUUCUUUGUUUUCAACGCAUGAAAGACUAUUCAAGGAGCUCUCUGCUACUGCAUGUUGAUUGAUCAUGCUCCAUGAUCCUGGAAAGGGGCUAGUAGG